AUGGACGAGCGCACACCUUCAGCAUCAUCUGGUGCACGUGGGGGCGGCGUGCCGCCUGGAGACAGAGCUCCUCCAGCGACUACGAAUAUUCCUGAGCUUGGUCAAGUUAUGCCUAGUCUGAGCUCUAGUGUAAUAGCUGUUGACUUGGGCUCGCCACAGUCUUUGAAAAUGGGAAGCAAAAUUUUGCGCCCGUUGAUAUCUGUGCCGCGAAUCCACAGAGGAUGUCAUAGAUGGACUCCAGAAGCGCAGGGUCUACCUGAAGGAUUCUGCUCCGGAAUGAUUGACCCGGUGAAGGCGGCUCCGGUCCAUUACCGGUAUGUACCCGAGAGCGAACCAACAUCGAUGAGGUCGCGCAUCCACGUCGCCAAUCCCGAAACAAUCCCCGACCUGCGGCUGGAAUUUGAGGUCAACUCUGGAGCGAAUGACUACACUAUCCGGGGACAGAUCGUGGCGGAUAGAUACAGAGAAUCAUGCAGCGCUCAAAGCAAGCCGCUUUUUGCUCGGUUUGUCCUGGUCGGGCCAGAAGUUCCCACGGGAUCGCUGUCUGAGCUUGGGGCCCCACUGUGAUCCAUCAAAAUUACUUAGCAAAGGAAGGAACGAGAAUCUCAACAGAAAACCGUUGCU